AUGCUGUGGAGAGAAGGGGAAUUAAAGUCAUUUUGGAGUAAGAUCUGUAUCUGGUUCUACACCAAUGACAUCUUUGAGAAUGUGGGUGUUCCGCGGCCAGAGAUCCAGUACACCACAGCCGGCACCGGAGUUAUCGAAAUUAUUGCAGGACUGAUUGGGUGUUUCACCAUCGAGAAGCUCGGCAGGAGGCCUCUGAUGAUCGGCGGCUUCACCGUGAUGGGAAUCUGCAGUGCUGGAAUCACAUUAGCCCUCAUGUUGCAGGUGCAGCUGUCCUUCAUGCGCUAUGUGAGCGUGUGCUGUGUGGUCGGAAUCAUCGCCGGCUUCUGUAUUGGUCCAGCGGGUGUUCCUUUCCUGAUCACAGCAGAACUGUUCAAACAGUCCCACCGGCCAGCGGCCUACAUUGUCGGAGGGUCACUUAACUGGCUGUCCAACUUCACAGUGGGCUUCGUCUUUCCGUUCUUACAGAUGUCAGCCGGGGCUUACUGUUACCUGGUCUUUGCCACCAUUUGUUUGUCUGCGGCCUUGUAUGUCUACACCAUCAUCCCUGAGACCAAAAACAAGACCUUCAUGGAGAUCAGUCAGAUGUUUGCUAAGAAGGAGUCCAUCGCAGAGACCCAGAGCCUGCUCCACGAGGACCAGCUGAAGCUGAAGACCAUGAACAGCUAUGGCAUCCUGGAACAGGCUUCACUUGACUUCAGCAGCUCCUCAUCUGGACCUUAAG